AUGCUCUCUCGUUUCCGUUGGAAGACUCCAAUCUACCAGAACACUGGCUCUACGGCGCGGGACCAUUUGGCUAGCGAGCGCACAUUUCUGGCUUGGAUCCGGACAGGGCUUGGAUUUGUGGCCUUGGGGAUCGCCAUUGAGCGCUUCUCUCAGCUCGAUCUCAACGACUUACUCAAGCCCCUCCGACCACCACCCCAGGACGGCCAGGACACAAGGAGGGAGCAACCUGACGACGAUGGCGAGCCGCAGAAGGAACAGUCGCAGGUCAUCGUGGGUACCCUGAUGGCCCUCGGCUCCGGAUCGAUCGUCUAUGGGACGUCGCGGUACUUCUCGAACCUGAAGCUUCUGGAGAAGGGUCUCUUCAAGCCUGCUUACCAUGGUUCUGCGUUCCUUGCCGCCUCGGUGGCGGGUCUGGCUGGUGGUGUCUACGGGAGCUCAAUAUCGAGGCGGUGGAAGGCGCAGCGUGAACGCGAAGAAAUGAGGGACUCCUCCUGA